AUGCCUGCCAAUCUGCUUGAACUCCCCGCCGAGCUUCGAAUCCGAAUCUUUGAAUUGGUAUUGCUGGCGCCAGCUCCUAUUGCCCUAGAGAAGAGGCACUGUCAUCCAGGAGAACAAAAACCGGAAGUUAGUCUGCUUCGGGUGAACAAGAAGAUGAGCUCCGAAGCCACUCCAUUCUUUUAUGGACAAAAUGAGUUCCAGUUCACAUACUCUCCGACGAGGAAAGAAACAGCCUCGUUUCUGGAUCGAAUGGGCCGCAAUGCAACGCUCAUCAGAAGCAUCUACCUCUACAUGGACUUCCCAAUACUUACCAGACGGCACGGUCUCCGUGCUACGAUCGACCACGAGGCAACGAGUUAUUUGUCAAUCUUACCACGCAAAUGCAUCAAUGUGCGCACUUUGACGCUUUCAAAGAGUUUCUUCGUAGGCAUCAAUUACGCUACGGGGAGCUCUCAUUCGGAUCAACUCCGCGAAGCACUCGACGCGUGCAACACCAAUUUUCGAGCAUUUCCGCUGAUGGAAGACAUCUUCAUUGACUCUUGGACGGAUACUGCCUUUCGUCAUGCUCGGGACGAGAUAGCCAAAAUGGGGUGGAAAGUGAAACAAAACCAAUAG